AUGGCAACAUUAUGCUUUGUAUCUCAAUAUCUCUCAAGCAUAAUCCAUUCUCCACCACAACAAUGUCAGUCAUUGCAAGACAUUUACAGCACUGCAAAGUACUUGUGGCAUGAGCAAAGAUACAGCGAGGCAUAUCGUAUAUUCCACGCAUUGGGUGAGCAGCAGCAAUACAAAACCUCAACUUGUGCGUGGUAUCAGAUCCAAUGCCUACUCGCUUUGAAUCAUUGGCAUCAGGCAGUGCUUGUUUGCUUGGAUCAGGCAAAGAACUCUGCCUCUGACCAGUGGUAUCUUAUGGCAGCCGAUAUCUACAUGAACCGAUGCGAUUAUACGCUGGCUUGGGAAACACUGAACCGAGCACCCGACACUGCCAGUAUCCUGGAUGCUAAAAGACUAGCAUAUGAAGGAAUCCAGCAUGCCAGUUGUGUUCGCCGUAACGAUAUUCUGGAUAAACUACCUUAUGAUGUGGCCAUCCAAGUUUUCUUGUGCCUGGAUCUACCCUCAUUGGUGAGGUGUACUCGUGUAUCGAAACGCUGGAGGCAGUAUCUAGUAUACAGUCCACAACUUUGGAAUGAACUGGAGUUUUCAAAACAGGCUGCAAAUCUUCCAAUUUCAACUAUCAAUGCUUACUUGAGUCGCUUGGGAAAAAUGCCUUUGACCAAAUUGGUAAUUGGACACCAACAGUCUGACGGUGAUGGUAUUCUCAUGGCAUUAGCUCAGAGACAAUGUUACCGGCUAAAGACGCUGAUUAUAUCAGACAUGAUUUGCACACCUGCACUGUUCUUUAAUGCAUUGGAAUACAUUGGAUCGACAUUAGACAAAUUGCAUUGGGGUGGAGUUUCAUUGCGCUUAAAUGAUAUCAUCGAUACGCUGCCUCAAAUGUGCCCUCAACUCAAACAUCUUACAGUGCAAGAUUGCUUUACCUCGCUUCAUGAUGCUCGACUGCAUAACGGAGCUGCAUACCGCUUAGAAUACUUUGGUGAUAGAUUUCCUACCACAUUUACAAAGAUCAUUGAAGACCUCAGCCUGCUACCGCACAUUGAAUCAUUGGAGCUAACUGGAAUUCAUGGUUUGACAGCAAGUUAUUUAGCAAGCAUUGUGGUUCGCUGCCCAGACAUGAGGAAACUUGUGCUGAACCGGUGCCUCGUCAAUAUCAUCCCUGUAUUCAACAUCUUGCAAGUAUGCUGUCCGAAAUUGCAGCACCUUGAAUACGAAAGAAACAGGUAUUGUCAGCAAUUUGACCAAUAUCAAGCCGCACCCAGCAGACAACCAAAUGAAAAGAUACACGGCCCUUUGUUUUAUAAGUCUUACUAUCCCUGGAAGCAUGUUAAAAUUCAUUUGACACACAUGCUCACAGACAGUGCCAUCAAACACUUUUUGCAUGGAUCAGCAUCCUCACUGGAGACGUUGGAUUUACGGGGCAAUACCCUUAUCUCGGAUCAAGGGCUCCUAAGCAACAUGCCGAUGAAGAACCUGAAGAGUCUUUUUCUCAGGGAGUGCUACAGCUUGACCUCGAAAGGUGUUAGCACUCUAUUAUCGCAGAGCCCACUGCUAGAGCACGUCAAUCUGUCACAUCUAGUCAUCAUCAAUGAUGCUGUCUUGCGCCAAUUGGCAAGCUGUCAAAAGCUGCAAACACUCGAUCUGUCAUAUGCCAAUUUGACCGUUUCCGAGGAAACAUUUCGAUACUUUAUCGAUCAACGCCUGCACACGCUUAAAUCACUUGCACUGGAUGCCACCAACAUUUCAAAAGAGUUACUAUGCUAUUCUAUGAUGAAACUAAAAAGCGGUACAGUUUGA